GCGUCCUUCAGCUAGCUGCUGCGCCAUGCAUACACAAGGAGGUCUCAUGGAGGUGAUUGCUAUCACCAUGUGUACUGUCUAUGCUCGAAGGGGAUAGCGAGCUAGAGAAAUGGUUCGAGUGAUGAGACGCCAUAGGCGUUUUCAUCGGGGUCGCCGAGGUAGCUCGAAUGCGAAGAGAUUGAGAGUGAUGAGGACUCACGAUGAUCUCAGUGUAUGAACAAGUCAUGGCGAAAAGUAUAAAGUCAACCCUCACCCUUAUUCCGUCUAUGAUCCAACAGCUCUCAAACACAGACAGACCUCUAAGAUACCCAGCUCCAGUGCCUCGCUUUUCAAUUCAUCUUGAUUUUCCAUCCUUCAUAGCCUAUUCACACCUUUAUUAACUUCCCCAAUCCUUCAAGAUGACCGUUCUAACUGUUGCCGAGCCCGUUGAGGCCAUUGCCAUCAAGGCGCAAGACAUCGACUCCCAGGCAGUAACCAUCAAUGCCGCUCUCAACAAGAUCACAACCACCAUUGCGGGUGUCUGGGAUCUGGAGACGAACAAGAAGGAUACAGUGGACACCAGCAAAGCCGUCUUCAUCCCCCACAAGAACCCAGGUUCGGAAUCCGUUGUCGAGGGCGACGACCGCAUGCUCGUAGAUCCUGUUCACUUUGCACCCGGCGGCAAAUACAGAUCCAUCCUCAAGCUUUUCAUCAAGUACGAGAACCUAGGCGACAGCAAGUUCGCCCACGGCACCGGUUGGCUGAUCCGCCCCGACGUGAUGAUCACCGCCGGCCACAACGUGUUCACGUGGCGGGCGAACGGCGGGAGGGCGCGCGAGAUCAUCGCAUACGCUGGCUACAACGGCGCCUCCAGCAUCAACGACCCGUCCGUUGAGGUUCGCAAGGCGAAGCGGGUCGUCACGACCUCGCAGUGGCUGUCGAACCGCGGCUCCAUGGCCCACGACUUCGCCAUGGUCAUGUUCGACCAGCCCUUCACGAACGCCACGCCCUUCCCCUACAUCGAGACCCCAGCCAAGGACAAGCUCGAGCUCGGCGUCGUCGGCUACCCGGCCGACAAGAUCGACGAGCGGAACGGCGAGAGGGGAGGCAGGAUGUACGAGCUGUUCGAGACCACGGAGUACAAUCUCAUGGAGCAGAAGGAUACCAUGCUUCAGCACUUCAUCGACUCCGAGGGAGGAAACUCCGGCGGCCCGGUACUAAGGCGAUCCGAUCUCUGCGCCAUCGCGACGCACGUCUACGGCGGCGACGCCAACACCGCCUCGGUCAUCGGCCGCUACGGCAACCCGGUGCAAGACUACGUCGCGGCCUUCGACCUACCCCUAGCCAACCCGGGCCAGAUCAACCUAGUGCCCGUGAACAGCGGCGCGAUCUCGCAAGCCGACGCCGCCACGGGCCGCCAAGCCGGCGAGAUCGCUAAGCUCGGCGACAACGUCGUGGCUCCCGUCGUCGUCGGCAGUGCGACAAAGUCCGGCGGAAAGACCGAGUUCUGGAUCUUCGAGGGCGUCGACGAGAUCUUCCGCCUGACGAAGGACAUCGCGGAGACCCUUGGCCCCGUCAUCGCCGGCCCGGUCGGCGCCGUGAUCUUGCCUACCAUCGUGCAGGGGAUCAAGCUCGCGCAGCCUGAAGGCCUUUUUGACAUGGACGCCUCCCUCCGCCGAGCCCUCCUAGCCAACAGCACACUCCUCGUAGCACAGCAGCGCAGCGCCAACGAAGAAGGCUUCUUCGACGAUGUCGGGCGGGCGAUCAGCGCGUCUUUGAAGCACGAUCCGCUGGUCCGCGCCAUCGGCGAGCCCGUGGUCAAGCUACCGUUCGCGGAAGUCAUGGCGGCUAUCGGCGUCGUCGGCUCCGCGGCCGAGAAGCUCGUCGACGACGUCGCGGGCGAGAUAACCCGGGCCUUGCUCACGCGCGUGCAGAUCCCGGACCUGGCGCACAUCGGCGCCGUCGCUAACGCUGUCGUUGCUAGUAGGAAGGCGGAGAGCGCUAUGGAUGUUGAUUCCGUGCCUACUACUAACGGCAACGGUCACAGUCACGGUAACGGUCACGGUAACGGCGCUGCGGCGGCGAGUGAGAACGAGACUGCGUUCAUCCAGCAGCUUUCUCAAGCCAUUUCAGCUAAGAGCAGUAGCAACGGAGCUAGCAGCAAAGAAGAAGGCUGGCUCGACGACGUGGGCGGGUUCUUCGAGGGCGCGGCCCGAUCCGUCGGCGACGUGGUAUCCGACGGGGCCAAGAUCGUCGGCAAGGCGACGCUCGAGGGCGUGAACUUCGCCGUCGACACCGUCAACGACGGGAUCAACGCCGUGGCCAAGGUGCCCGUCGUCGGCGACGUAUUCGGCACCGUGAUCAGAGACGACCCGGCCUACAUGAUGCUCGUCGCCCUCGGCAAAGCGGCCAAGGAGGCGCGGAUCGAGAGCGCCUUCGACAACGACAACGACGACGAGAAGAGCAAUGGCAACAGCGGCAAGCCCGAAGGCCUGUUCGACGACCUGGCGCGCGAGAUCGGGAAGGUCGCGCAGGCGCUGGUCCUGCACCAGGUUCUCGCGGACCAGUUCCUGACGGCGCAGAUGGCGCGGCCCGUGGGCCAGCUCAAGGAAGAGGGCUUCUUCGAUGACGUGGGCGAUUUCUUCAAGAACGGCAAGAACAUCAUGGCCAUUGGCGGCGGCAUCAACGCCGCCGCGGCGGUCACGCCUCUCGUGCCUGUCGUUGGUCCGAUGGUUGGGCUCGGACUCUUGGGUGUUGGGAGCGGCGUGGCGUUUAUUGGUAUCGCGAUGGAAACGUGAUCUGUGGCUUUUUUUAGAGGGGAUGAGCUAUGCAGGCAUGGCUGGCGGAACGUGAGGGCGCGAGUCAGUGGCUGGUUCUGGUAUGGAUUUGUAACGGGAGUUAGGCAAUUUAUAUGAACAGUAAUGAACACGAAUAUAACAUUUUCAUUGUUAUAAUAUUUCAUACUGAAUCCGAGUGCAA